AUGGGCAGACCAGGUGGUUUCUUCAAACGACUAAAGGCUAAACAAAAACGCCAAAGCUCACAUCGGCGUCGUGGCACAAAGGGCGCAUCUAAAGAAGAACGCCGUGCGAAACAUAAUGAACGUGUGGAUUACUACGCUGCCAAGCGAGAAGCGGAGGAACUCGCGGCGAUCAGCAGCAGCGAGAGCGGUGAUGAUCACGACGGCGGGGCGGUGUCAACAGACUCUGAGGCGGAGUUGCGCCGAGAGGAACAAUCGUUGAUGCGGCUUCGUCAACUGCUUGGGGCUGGUGGUGUGGGGAAUGGCCGCGGAGCAAAGCGUAAACGCAGCGGUGAAGAAGAAGAAGAAGAACAAGAUAAUCAUCGUAAUAUUAAUAAUAAUAAUGAGGGGAAGGGUGAGAAUGCGAGUAAGACGACGGAUAAUGGUAAUAAGGAUAAUAAUAAUAAUAAUAAUAAACAGAAGAGGAAGAAGAAGAAGGGUGGUAUGAAGGCGGUAGAUGAAUUGAGUGAGGAUAGUGAGGAUUGGAGAGCCUAUCUGUCCAGUGGAGAAGAAGAAGAAGAAGUAGAAGAAAUUGAAGAAAUGGAGGAGGAGGAAGAAGAAGAAGGAAUGGAAGAUCAGGAGAUGGAUGAUGAGGAAGGCUACGAUGAUGUUGAUUAUGGUGAUGAAGAUGAUGAUGAUGAUGAAGAUGAUGAUGAAGAAGAAGAAAGUGAGGAGUUGGAUAUGGCGAAGGAGGAUGCAUAUGAAGAUGAUGAUGAGGAUGAGAAUGAGGAAGAGAAGGAAACAGCGCAGUUACUUCCCCAAUUCCAUCACGGCACAACAAGUCUCAAUGCACUGCAGCAUGUUGUGAGUGCCACAGAUCCGUGGUUCUUAAAAUAUCAUCAGGACCGUCAUGGUGAUAUUGACACAACUCCCAUGCAAUCACAACCAUGCGGGGAUAGUAAUAUCGCCGUCUCGGCCUCUACACAUGCUGUGGAACACUUUCUACAUAAACCCUUUGCUCUUGAUAAGGUAUCUAGUUUGGGUAAUGGAUUGGCGAAUGGAGGGGGUAAACAACAGAAACAGGAAAAGAAGGAAGAACGACCUCCGUAUAUGCAUGAGACAUUGUGGAAGAAAUGGUUGGAGUAUUGUACGGCGGAAUCACGUGGCCCAAUGACACAGGAAGAACGUGGUUUACUGGAUCUCUUGCAGGGUUAUCCAGAUAUGAUAGACUGUUGUCGCUCAUGGGAUAAUGCCGACUCUAGGCGUGAGAUAUUUUUACUACAUGUGCUUAAUCACUGGUUUAAGGCACGAUCUGUUGUGUUGGCCCAUGAUGCCAUUCUACGAGAACGAAAGGCGAAGAAAAAGAAGGAAAAGAAUAAGAAUAAGAACAGUAGUAAUAGUAGUAGCAAGAAGGGUAGUAAGAAAAAAGCGAAGGAUGAAAGUGAUAAUGAGGACGAAGAUGAUGAUGAAGAAGAGUAUGAAGAGUAUGAAUUGCGUGAUCGUGGAUUUGGUAAGACGCGUCUACUCAUUAUGUUACCCAUGCGCAACAUUGCCCAUCGUUAUAUGAUGACACUUGUAAAACUCUUGCGUGCCUCACCUGAGGAUUGUCCAAAGUUGUCUACAUUUGAUGAAGACUUUAGUGAACUUGAAGAGGCAAUGGAUCCAACCUUCAAACGUCGUCCACGUGAGUAUCAGAUGCAAUUCGCUGGUAAUGUAGAUGAUGCCUUUUGUGUAGGUGUUCGACUUGCCCCAUCCUCUCUACGUGUAUACACUCAUCCUCUUAACAGUGAUCUUCUUAUCUGUUCCCCACUUGGUCUACGGCGUCGAUUGGAGCGUAGUGGAGAUGCCGCGGUCUCCUUAGCGUCUGUGGAGGUUUGUGUAAUUGAUGAAGCGCAUGUGUUGUUAAUGCAGAAUUGGCAACAUGCCGCUCAUGUGCUCCGCCGUCUUCUUAACAAGCGGCCAACAGACACAACGCAUGGAUUGGCGGAUAUGCGGCGGGUGUAUGGAUGGGCACUUGCAGGUCAUAGUGGUCGUCAUCGACAAACUAUCAUGUCUGCAAAUGUCUCGCAUGCCACUUUACUCGCAACCCUGCGGGCGGCGUGUGUAAAUAACUCUGGACGUGUGUUAUUACAACGACGAGAGGAGGAGGGUGUACUUUCACAGGUGAUGGUGCCUGUUCGACAGCACUUUUUACGAUUUGAACCACCACAGUUAAAUAAUGUGGAGGGAUGUGAUGAUGCACGGUUUGAUUUCUUCACACAGGAGGUGUUUGCAACUAAGAUUAGUCCACUUGUACAGCGGGAUGUGCGGACGAUUAUUUUUGUUCCCUCUUAUUUUGAUUUUGUGCGAUUACGUAAUUAUAUGAUUCGUGAACAUCGGGAUACCUUUGCGGCUAUUAGUGAAUAUACAUCACUACAGCAACAGCGUAAGGCGCUUGGACAGUUUACAGAUUUGGAACGUCCCUUAUUAUUGGUAACGGAACGAUUCUACUUUUUUAAGCGUUACUUUGUAAAGUUAGCAGAGGUGAUGGUCUUUUACAGUCCACCUGUAUUUCCUGCUUUUUAUGUUUCUCUUGUAAAUCGUCUUGUGGCUACUUCACCGAAUGCAUUUGCAUUAACUUUAUUCUCUCGCUUUGAUACACAUGAACUAAAUCGUAUUGUCGGUACACGGCGCACACGACAGCUGCUCGAGCGGGAGGCAGAUGCCUUUUCUUUUGUGACAAACUAA